CCUUUUCUCUUCCCACGCUCCUCAGAAAUUCGACCGUUGAACUUAUAAUAAGUCACUAUUCUUCAUUUCCAUCAUCACUAAAACCAAAACUCUGUCUCUCUCUCCCUCUCUGUUUUUUCUAUCUUGAUCUCUUGUUUUCUUUCACAUAAACAGAGAGAAAGGGUUUUUUCUUCGUUCUCUAGCAUUGUUUAUCGUCUCUUACUUCUGUUCUUCAUUCAUCCAACAGUAGAAGCUGCUGAAAAUGGAGUCUCCUCAAACCAAGAAAUCGGGUCUGAACCUCCCAGCUGGGAUGUCCGGAACCUCACUCCGCCUUGACACUUUUGCUUCAUCGCCAUCUUCUUCUCGUUCCAUCGCCAGCCUCACUUCUCCUUCUUCUCUCCGUUCCAUCUCUAACCUUACUUCACCUUCGAAAUCAAGCACAUGCAGCGACAGGUUCAUCCCCUGCCGCUCCUCCUCACGCCUCCACACGUUCGGCCUCGUAGAUAGGCCAUCGCCGGUGAAGGAAGGGAGUAACGAGGCGUAUUCCAGGUUGUUGAAACGCGAACUCUUUGGAUCUGACUUUGCUUCUCCUUCUUCUCUUUCUUCUCCUUCUGCAGGUGCUCCUCCCUCGCCGAUCAGCCCCAGCAAAAACAUGCUCCGUUUCAAGACCGAUCACUCCACUGCGCCUUCCUCCCCUUACUCUCCUUCCAUCUUGGGGCAGCAGAGUACCUUCGGUUCUGAUUCCUCUACUCCGCCCCCCAAACCACCCCGGAAAGUCCCCAAGACACCCCACAAGGUUCUGGAUGCUCCAUCACUUCAGGAUGACUUUUACUUGAAUCUAGUGGACUGGUCCUCACAGAAUGUUCUUGCUGUGGGACUAGGCACUUGUGUUUAUCUUUGGAGCGCUUCAAACAGUAAAGUGACUAAGCUAUGUGACUUGGGUCCUUAUGAUGGUGUAUGUUCUGUCCAGUGGACCCGGGAGGGCUCUUUUAUAUCAAUUGGUACAAAUCUUGGCCAAGUUCAGGUUUGGGAUGGAACUCAGUGUAAGAAGGUCAGAACUAUGGGAGGACAUCAGACAAGGACUGGUGUGUUGGCAUGGAACUCUCGCAUUCUGGCCUCAGGGAGCAGGGAUAGGAACAUACUUCAGCAUGACAUGAGGGUUUCAGGGGACUUUAUUAACAAGCUCGUUGGCCACAAGUCAGAGGUAUGUGGAUUGAAAUGGUCCUGUGAUGACAGGGAACUUGCCUCUGGUGGUAAUGAUAAUCAGCUCCUGGUAUGGAAUCAACACUCUCAGCAACCAACUCUGAGACUCACAGAACAUACUGCUGCAGUUAAGGCCAUUGCUUGGUCACCUCACCAAAGCGGUCUCCUUGUGUCUGGCGGUGGAACUGCUGAUAGGUGCAUUCGUUUUUGGAACACUACAAAUGGCCAUCAAUUAAACAGUGUUGACACUGGGAGCCAGGUCUGCAACCUUGUUUGGAGUAAAAAUGUGAAUGAGCUAGUGAGUACACACGGAUACUCCCAAAAUCAGAUUAUGGUGUGGAAGUAUCCAUCAUUGGCAAAGGUUGCAACUCUAACUGGCCAUAGCAUGAGAGUGCUGUACCUUGCAAUGUCACCUGAUGGUCAGACAAUAGUAACUGGAGCAGGGGAUGAGACUCUCCGGUUCUGGAAUAUUUUCCCUUCAAUGAAAGCACCUGCUCCUGUUAAGGAUACAGGCCUUUGGUCACUGGGGCGUACUCAAAUUCGAUGAUCCAUAAUGGGACAAGAACAAGAAGAGAAACAAAGCUAUCUCAGUAUCUUGUAAUUAAUUAUCUGUAUAUGAAAAAAAAAAACAUAAUACUGUCAUAUAUCAUCAAACACGAGGAACUUACCGAGUAGGAAGUCGGCAUCUAAAUUCUUCAAUGUAAUAAUGGUACAACAGUGUAAAGUUUAAUAAAUUACAAGCUUGUCACAUAAA